GAGUUAAGUUUUUAGGGAGCUAUAAAAAGGGACAGUCAGCUGGAGAUAUGUACUACACUGACAAAGGUUAACAUAAAGACAAAAUGGAAGGUGUAUGGCAAAUAAUUGCUGCAUCUUUAGGCUUUGUGGUGUUAAUAUGGGCAUGGAGAGUGGUGAAAUGGGCUUACAUGAGGCCGAAGAGGGUGGAAAAGUUGCUAAGAAAGCAGGGUUUCAAUGGGAGUUCCUAUAGAUUGGUGAAUAGGGAAUUGAAAGAGCGGCUGAAGAUGGUGAAAGAAGCUAAGUCCAACCCCAUCAAUCUUGAUGAUGAUAUCAAGCCAAGAAUCCUUCCUUUUUAUACCAAAACCAUUCAAACAUAUGGAACUGAGUCCUUUAUGUGGCUUGGCCUAAGCCCUACGGUUAUAAUAUCAGAUCCUGAACUCAUCAAGGAGGUGAUGACCAAGACUCACAUCUACAAGAAGAUCAAGAAUGCGAAUCCACUGACGAGGCUGCUUGCACAAGGCCUUUUCAGCUAUGAUUUGGAUAAAUGGGCAAAACACAAGAAAAUCAUCAACCCUGCUUUCCAUAUGGAGAAAUUGAAGCUCAUGAUUCCGGCCUUCUAUUUGAGUUGUGACGAAGUUUUGAACAAAUGGGAAAAGAGUCUAUCGCCAGAAGGGUCGUGUGAGGUGGACGUGUGGCCGUUUCUACAGAAUUUGUCGAGUGAUGCAAUAUCAAGAACCGCGUUUGGUAGCAGCUACCAAGAAGGGAGAAGAAUAUUCGAACUUCAGAGAGAACAGGCCGGGCACUUCUUCAUCGCCUCGCGGUCUAUGUAUAUUCCAGGAUGGAGAUUUGUCCCGACAAAACGGAACAAGAGAAUGAAGGAAAUCGCAGAGGAAGUUCAGUCUUUGAUCCGAGGUAUCAUUAGUAGAAGGGUUGAGGCAAUGAAAGCAGGGGAAGCGAACAACGAAGACUUAUUGGGCAUAUUGUUGGAGUCCAAUGCCCGAGAAAUCGAACAACAUGGUAACAAGACCUUUGGAAUGACUAUUGAUGAAGUGGUUGAGGAGUGCAAGCUGUUUUAUUUUGCUGGCCAGGAGACAACUUCAUCGUUGCUCGUGUGGACCUUGGUUCUGUUGAGUCGAUAUCCCGACUGGCAGAAACGAGCCCGUGAAGAGGUUUUGCAAGUUUUCGGAAGACAAACUCCAGCUUUUGAUGGGUUGAAUUACCUGAAGAUCGUCACCAUGAUCUUAUACGAGGUUUUGAGGUUUUACCCACCGGUAGUUACUCUUGGUCGAAGAGUGACUGAAGAAACCAAGUUGGGGAACUUAACGUUGCCAGCCGGGGUGCAGAUCUCAUUGCCACUUAUCUCAUUACAUCACAACCGAGAUAUUUGGGGGGACGACGCAAUGGAAUUCAAGCCAGAGAGGUUUAGCCAAGGCGUUGCCAAGGCGCAGAAGAGGCAAGGCAUAUUCUUCCCGUUCGGCUGGGGAUCUCGCAUAUGCAUCGGCCAAGUGUUCGCAAUGAUGGAGGCGAAAGUGGUGUUGGCUAUGAUUCUACAACGUUUCUCGUUCGAGCUUUCACCGUCUUACCAACACGCUCCUCAGAGGGUGGUAGCGCUUCAGCCUCAGCAUGGUGCUCAUUUGCUUCUGCACAAGCUCUAGAGUUUUGAUCAC